AAGGUGAUGAAAGUAAUAAGUUUCUUUUCAAGGAAUUUUUUCAGUGUUAAUAAAUUUCUUCACUCAACAAUUGGUUAUUGUAGUUUACACACAUUUCUUUUUUAUUCUUAGCUAAUCCGUAGAUUCUUGCGACAAACUUUUGAAUUUUUAAGAAAGGAAAAGUGGAAUGAAGACAACAUUAAAUACUUAUUGGAAAAACUGGAAAGCAAUGUGUUGGCUCCAAAGAUGAAUUCGACAUUAGUAUCAUUGAAGAGUCAUAUUAUUGACAUAUUUCUUGAAGAAUUAGCAAGAGUUGGUGGAGAAGAGCUUCUUCCCGAACAGAUGACAAUCUUCUUACGACAGUUUUGUAUGAUGAUGGCAAAAACGGAUAACCCUGUUCUCUUGUCUGAUAUAACAAAAAACAUAUUUGAAUAUAUUAUUUAUCAAAAUGAUGAUGCUGAAGAACAGAAUGAUGAUACAGAGGAAAUGGAUGAUAAAAAAGAUAAAGGAAAACUUGAAUGUGAGGAAAAGUUGCCCAUUCUUCAGGUGAAUUAUGAUGAAGUAGCAAAUCUCCUAUUUAAUUUUGCUAAGAAGAAGAGUGUGAAGAAAGUAAAUAGAGCAGUCAUGUACAAACUUGUUAAAAAAUUUAGAGAUUUGGCUCAAGGUGUAUCAGCAUUCAAAUUUGAUGGUAUUUUAAGUAGCGGAAGUGAUUUAGACGAAGAUGAUGUCAGCAUUGCAAUUAAUCGUCUUCAGAAGGAGCAAGAAAAAGACAAAGAGGACACCAACAAAUGGAAAACAAUUAGAAAACGCACAUUGCAGGAGAGAUGUAAGAAGGCAAAAAUUAUUACAAAGAAUAAAAAAGCAAAAAUAGACGACAAUUUCGACAAAAACAGUUCUGAUGGUGCCAUAAAUGUGUCAGAAGAAAAUUUCGAAAAAUACAAAUGGGAGACUAGCGAUAAGAAAAAGAGUAAAAAAAGUGAUUCAAAAAAGAAAUUAAAGAAUAAUAUUGAUGGGCAGAAGUUUAAAGUUGCCAGAAAAAAUAAGAAAUUGAAAACAAAAUCAUUAAUAAACAAAAGCAAACAUUUUAAAAAGAAGCAAAAAAUGAAAGUAAAAAAAUAAAAUUGUUUCACUUGAUAUUUUUU